AUAAGUGUUUAAUGGAGUCGCUAAGAGGGAUAUUCCCUCGCACAGAACCACCUGCAAAACGUGAUUUUCUAAAGGAAAAUGUGAUGAGAAUAAGGAAUAUUCAAAGGAUGCGCAAACCAAAAGAUACAGAAUACUCAAAUAAGUUUAAUAAGCCACAAAAGACAAGGAAAUUAAGCUUAUAUGAAGACAGAAUGCCAACACCAAGCCGCUCAAGUAAUUCUCUAACGUUAUGCUCAACAAAAGCACCAAUUGGAAAUUUAAGGAAGUCACUAAGCACUAUGUCAAUAUCCAAAGAUUGCGGGACACAAACAGUUGAUCCUGAAGCAGAUGAAUACUUUCUUAAAGACACAAUAAUUAGAUAUCCUUCAGCAUCAACAAUUAGAUCAGUUGGAACUUCACAGCAACAAUUAUCUCAUACAUGCAGUAAAGGACAUUUAUUGGAACAGGAAGCAGCUCCAAGAUAUAAAAGUCACUUUCAUGAUCGUAAGGAUGAUCAUUCUGAGAAAAUGGAUAGACAUGUAAAGAAUUUAAGUGAAUUUCUCGAUAAAGGAUCAAUCACUAAGAAACAGCCAUCGUCGAUACUUAAAAGUUCCUCAUCACUCCAAAAGUUAAAUAAAAAUUCCCUAAAUGAAUAUCAAAGGCGAGAAGACAGGACUCAAAGAGUAGGCAGUGCUCAUCAUUCUAGAGAAACAGUUUUGAUUUCUGAUGAAAGUGGCAGUGAAAAGGACGAAGAGAUUAUUGAAAUUACAAAUCUUGACAAGAAUAAGAAGGAACUUCCAAAAAAUAAGAAGAAGAAAGAGCUAGGCAACGGUGACAUUGUAGAUGCAAAGAAGAAGCAAUUAGAAGCAGCAAAAGAUGAUCCAGACUGUCCUGAUGGUCAUGUGCCUUUGUCAGAGGAUGAAAGACUAGAGUCGUUGAGGAUUGCUAAGAAACGCUUCAAGGAGCUUGUUGACGAACUGAAUCGAUUACCAAUGACAUGCGAGACACUUCGAGUACGAAAUCGUAAAAUUGAAAUUGAAAAGGAAUUGAGAAGUCUGGAAAUAAAUAUUCGAGUAUUUUCACGUUCCAAAGUUUAUGUCAAAUUGACAGAAUGAAGACUUUAUUGUUGAUUGGAACCAGAUCAAUUUAUUGCACAAUACAAUGAGAAUUUAUUGCCAUUUUCUGUGUAGGAUUAAAUUUUGUUUUUUUAAUGAUAAGUCGUAACAUAAUUCCGUCCCACUUAUGCACAAUGUUCAUAAUAAUCGA